AUGGUCGGAUACAUGGAUCAGUUGAUGUAUGGUCCAAUUAGGACGAAAGACUGGUCAAGACAGAUUGAAGGAGAAGGAGGUAAAUGGAAAGCGUAUUUAAUAACCGAAAACGCAAAUGACGUUGAAGUUGGAGAGAAUGCGGAUGUUGUUGUUCUAUAUGCACAUGGUGGAGGGUACACCCUGGGACAUCCAAUGGUGACAUUUGCCAUAUUCGUUCGAUGGAUCAAAUACUGGAAGACAACCCAUGACGCCAACACUCAUAUAGUGUCAGUCAGUUACGGAUUAACGCCGGAACACUCAUUUCCUAGUCAACGGAACACGUUCGUACAAUGUUACCAGUGGCUGGUGCACGAGAAGGGCAUUAAUCCAUCUCGAAUAGCUUUUGCUGGCGACAGUGCUGGAGGAAACCUUGUCCUUAUUUCAGCCUUACAUAUAAUUAAGAACCCCACUUUACUAGCUGUACCUCCGCCAAGCUGCAUAUUAGGAAUAUCACCUUUUGUCUCAGGAUUGUCUACGUCCAUGUCAUGGAAACUAAACUCUGAAUUUGAUUAUAUCAGUGAUUAUUGGCUUGACGCACGCGCUCAAUGCUACCUUCGAGGCACGAAUCUCAAAAAAGAUGAUGGUGCCGUAUCGCCAUUGUUCGAGAAAAGUCUUCAUGGAUUGCCGCGCAUGUGGAUGUGCGUAGGUGACUGCGAGGUAUUUAGAGAUGAUGUAGUUGCAUUCGCACGUAAAGCAAAUGAGGACGGCGUUAGUACAGAAAUAGUAGUCGAGAAAGGUAAUGUGCAUAACUAUGCAGUCGCAUGGUCACUUGCAAGAAAUGGUGCAGAGAAAAAAGCAAUGAAACAGAUGGGAAAGUUUAUAUUCGGAGAAACUUGUAAUCAAUAA